AUGCGUAUGCCUUAUACAACAUCUACAUUUAUUGUUGGCUUUAGAAUACCAGAUAAAGAUCAAAUUGUAUCAAUGGAUAUUUACGUGAUUAAUAAUAUGGUAAAUCAUAUUUGUAAUGGACACAAUAGUGAAAAAAAUAUAUUUUCCCCUGAUGCAAUAUUAUAUCAAUCGAAAGCUUUUCAUACAAAACGAAGACAACCUUUGAAUAAAAAUCAAAUAAAUCUCAAUGGACAUUCCCAACGACAAAUUUCAUCGUUAAUUGACAAAUUCAAAGUAAGCUCUGCAUCACCACCACCACCACCAUAUACAUUCACUGAUGAAUCUGAUGACAAUGAUGAAUGUAAUUCUUCCACGCAAUCUGAACAUAUAACAAAUGAUCAUUCACCAAAAUCAAUUUUACUAAAUACUUUUUCCGGUUAUCAACGAAAAAAAUCUCAUUCGGUUAAAUUACUAUCCAUCAGUUCAACUAAUUCCUGUCCAAAAAAAGCCGUUCAUUUCGCGGAUGAUUCCGGUUUAGAUUUAAAUCAAAUUAAGAUGAUUACCUCCGAUGAAUUACCAUCUAUACCAAGUACAGCAUUUAAAGAUUUACAAAUCAGUAAUCAUGAAGAUUCAUGUACAUUAUCCAAUCAUAAACAAAUGAAAACUAUCAAUUAUAUGGAAUCACAAUUUGAAAAUCCUAUUCAUGCAUACGGUUUUAAUGAUCGUGUUACACAACAGAAAAUUCUUCUCGAACAAGCAAAUGCAAUUGAUAAUCGAAUAUAUGGUACAGUUAAAUUAUAUUCAAUUGGCUUACAUAAACAAGUUAGAAUACGUUUAACCACUGAUAAUUGGAUAUCAUCAAAAGAGUUUUAUGCAACUUAUAUACCGGAUUCUUAUGAUGAUAGUUAUGAUCGAUUUUCCUUUAUAUUAGAAAUUGAUCGUGAUAGAAUAUGUACGGGAAAUAAUAUCCAGUUUUGUAUUUGUUAUGAAUCUUCCAAUGGUUUAGAAUAUUGGGAUAAUAAUAAUCAAGAGAAUUAUCGAUUUAGUUGUUUAUCAAGAAUAAUACCUGAUGAUAGUAUUUAG